CGAUGUAACCAAACAAAGCAGGUUCCAACACAAGAACCGGGAGAUGCAAAAAAAUGUCUCAGGUUGUCAACAUAAACCCUCUCAGUUCUUCGUAUUCAACCCGACCCGAAUCGAAUCGGUUCCGCCUCUAUCAGAACGACUACCAAAACCAAAAUUGGAAUUUCCUGCUCCGGAUGCUUAAGUGCAAUGGCAAGUUUUCUUGCCUCUUUUCAGACAAUCGAAGAGAGGAACAAGCAAGGAAAGCCUUAGAAAGUGCACUUGAUGGAAAGAAAAUUGAAUUUGAGAAGUGGAAUAAAGAGAUUAAGAGAAGAGAAGAGGCAGGUGGUGGAGGCGAUGCUGGUGGAGGAGGUUGGUUUGGAUGGGGGGGACGGUUUGGCUGGUCAAAUGGUGAUCAUUUUUGGCAAGAAGCACAACAAACUAGUCUUGCGGUGCUCGGCAUUAUCAUCAUGUAUCUCAUAGUUGCUAAAGGGGAACUGCUUCUCGCUGUGAUCUUCAAUCCACUGUUGUAUGCUUUGCGAGGUACAAGAAACGGGUUCAGUUUCAUAACCUCAAGGUUUCUUCAGAAGGCAUCUCCUGAUGGUCCUGCUAAUUUUGGUGGUAUGUCAAAGAAGGAAGUCUAUGGGCGUGUCUCAGCUAAAGAGAGAGUUUUGAAAAAGUGGGGAAGUGAUUGAUAUUUGGGUUUCAGGUUUGAAGGUUAUUUAAUCCAUACAUGUUAUAAAUGAGGUGUAUCAAGUUUUGCAAACUUAAUGAGCAGGGAUGAACAAGACAAGGCUGAGGAGCAGCCCUUUUUUUUUGUGUGUUGCGGAUAAUACUUGCUUUUUGUUAUUGGUAUUACUUUAUUUUUGAAAUCCUAAUUUUCAUUUCGGAACUAA